AUGUUUUUCACUGCAGGUUCUGUGUUCUUGGGCCCGUGGACACCAGAGAGUGUUGGGGAUUAUGCAAGUGGGACAAACCACGGUCUUCCAACAUAUGGAUAUGCAAGGAUGUAUGGUGGGGUAUCCUUGGACUCUUUCCGGAAAUAUAUGACAGUGCAGUCCUUGACAGAGGAAGGUCUCCGAAAGCUUGGCCCUUAUGUGGCAACCAUGGCAGAAGUUGAAGGGCUGGACGCCCACAAGAGAGCUGUAACUCUUAGACUUCAGGAUAUUGAAGCCAGACAGAUUCUAGUUGGUGGAAUGGCAGGGAAUGGACUGCCCUCUAUAGGUGAAUUACAGAACAAGGUAACAAGAGCUAACAAAGGAGAACAGGAAGACCAGAGUUAA